AUGGCUACAGCAGCUCUUACGGGUUUCUCCAUGAUGAGUCUGCUCAGCCUAGGAUACCUGUCAUGGGAUAGUCCUAAUCAGGUGGAAAAAGAGCCGAGUCAGACUUCCAGUGGGGGGUCUCUCGGUCCAAAGCCUCCUCACAUAAUCUUCAUCAUGACAGAUGAUCAGGGAUUCAACGACAUAGGAUAUCACAGCUCGGACAUCAGGACCCCGGUGUUGGAUAAGCUGGCUGCUGAUGGGGUGAAGCUGGAAAAUUAUUACAUACAACCCAUCUGUACUCCAUCCCGCAGCCAACUCAUCACUGGCAGGUACCAAAUUCACACAGGCCUGCAGCACUCCAUCAUCCGGCCUCGCCAGCCCAACUGCCUUCCGUUCCAGCAGGUCACCCUUCCCCAAAGGCUACAGGAGCUAGGCUACUCCACCCACAUGGUGGGCAAGUGGCACCUGGGUUUUUACAAGAAGGAGUGCCUGCCAACACGGCGUGGCUUUGACACAUAUUUUGGCUCCCUGACCGGUAGCGUCAACUACUACACCUACAACUCCUGUGACGGCCCUGGUUUGUGUGGUUUUGAUCUCCAUGAGGGCGAGACUGUAGCCUGGGAUCAGAGGGGAAAAUAUUCCACCCAUUUGUACACACAGAAGGUCCGCAAGAUCCUGGCAACACACGAUCCCCUAUCUCAGCCACUCUUUAUCUACCUUUCCUUUCAAGCUGUUCACACCCCCUUACAGUCCCCGCGGGAGUACAUCUAUCCAUACCGAGGGCUUGCCAACGUGGCUCGUAGGAAGUACGCUGCUAUGGUCUCUGCUGUGGAUGAGGCGGUCCGGAAUAUAACCUAUGCCCUACGCAAGUAUGGCUACUACCAAAACAGUGUCAUCAUAUUUUCGACAGACAACGGUGGCCAGCCAUUGUCCGGUGGCAGUAAUUGGCCCCUCCGGGGGCGUAAAGGCACCUACUGGGAAGGUGGAAUCCGAGGUUUGGGAUUUGUCCACAGUCCUCUGUUAAGGAAGAAGAGGAGGGUGAGUAAAGCCUUGGUGCACAUUACUGACUGGUAUCCCACCUUGGUCCGACUGGCAGGUGGCAAUAAAUCCUUGGUGAAGGGGCUGGAUGGGUUUGAUGUUUGGGAAGCCAUUAGUGAGGGGAAGGAAUCUCCAAGAUUUGAGAUUCUCCACAACAUAGACCCCCUCUAUAACCGAGCUCGCAGCGGCUCCCUGCAGACAGGAUAUGGGAUUUGGAAUACAGCCGUGCAGGCCUCCAUUCGAGCUGGAGACUGGAAACUGCUGACGGGAGAUCCUGGUUACGGUGACUGGACGCCACCGCCGAUGCUUCCGACUUUCCCCGGCAGCUGGUGGAACCUGGAGCGGCACACCGAACCCAGGAAAUCUCUAUGGCUGUUCAACAUCACUGGAGAUCCCUAUGAACGUUUUGACCUCUCAGAGCAGAGACCAGAUGUGGUCAAAGAAAUGAUGGCAAGACUGGUGUACUACAAUCGCACCGCCGUCCCAGUGCGGUACCCAUCAGAGGACCUGCGGGCUGACCCAAGCCUGAAUGGUGGUGCUUGGGUACCCUGGGUGGGAGAUGAGGAAAAGGAGAGCUGGGACACAUUUUAUCUGAGGAAAAAUAUAGACUGGAAGAAGAAGCUUAAACUGUCGAAUAGUAAAUCGUUUUUCAGGAGACUCAACACUCGGAUCAUGUCAAAUAGGAUUUAA